AUGGUGGAGAUUCAUAAUCUCAUGGCAAAUACUGACCAGCCACUGGGCAUGGAUUCGGACCCACCAUUCCACGAGACCUACAAGACCCUCUUCGCCAACUCCAUCGACGACGAGGAAUCAAGAACCAAAAUAUCUCAAAACGACGAUCGCCUUGUCAUCAUUGAGGAACGCGAUCCUCCGUUGAUUGAUCUGAGCCGUUUAGGCCUGGACGAGGUGGAGAAGGAAGGUUGCAAGGAAGAGAUAGCUCACGCUGCUCAUGAAUGGGGUUUUUUUCAAGUCAUAAACCAUGGAAUCUCGAAAGACAUACUGGAGAAGAUGAGAGACGAGCAAGUUAAGGUGUUCAAGCAACCUUUCCACAACAAGUGCAGAGAAGACAAGUUCUUGAAUUUCUCCGCAGGUAGUUACCGUUGGGGGACGCCAACAGCUACUUCACUAAGGCAAUUAUCAUGGUCAGAAGCUUUCCACAUUCCCAUGACCGAUAUCCCAACCUCUGGCGCCUUCAAUAGUAAUACUCUCACUCUCAGCUCAUCAAUGGAACAGUUUGCUACUAAAGUUGCCAGUCUUGCUCAGAAAUUAGCUGAAAUUUUGGCAGAGAAAUUAGGUCACGAGUCAAAAUUUUUCCAGGAACAUUGUUUGCCGAGCACUUGCUACCUACGACUGAACAGAUACCCACCGUGCCCAAUUCUUUUAGAAAUAUUUGGUCUAAUGCCACACACUGAUAGCGACUUCCUCACUAUAUUGCACCAAGAUCAGGUUGGAGGAUUGCAAUUAGUGAAAGAUGGGAAAUGGGUUGCAGUCAAACCCAAUCCUGAAGCUUUAAUCAUCAACAUUGGAGAUUUAUUUCAGGCCUGGAGCAAUGAUACUUAUAAGAGUGUGCAACAUUGUGUGGUCACGAACCCAACAAAAGAAAGGUUUUCCGCUGCAUAUUUCCUUUGCCCAUCAUAUGAGACUGUGAUAGAGAGUUGCAGCAAGCCUUGGGUUUAUAGGAAGUUUAGCUUUAGGGAAUAUAGACAGAAAGUCCAGGAGGAUGUUCAAAAACAUGGUUAUAAAGUAGGGCUCCCCAGGUUUCUUAUAUAAAUCCACCAAGUUAUUAAAUAUCGGUUUCAUCUUCAAGUUAGGUACUAGGUCAUUCGUAU